UUGCCGCUAACUAUUCCCGCACUUCGCCACUUCUUUCUAACCCUACCGCAGCUUUAGAGGAGUUAUCCCAUUAUUUUAGUUAGAACUUGCUUCCACGCAAACCAGAGGGAGGAUUUUGAAGCGGGUAAAGAGGACCAGACCUGAACGGCGAAGCAGGAGAAGAGAAGCGAUUUUUGAAGGAGCGAGAGCAAAAUCGGAGAGAAUAACCCUAGCCCAAAUCAAGACAGGAGUGCCUUUUUUCCGCAUCAAGCAGAGACCGAUUUGCUUGGCAUCGUGAAGCUUGGCGUUUGAUCUCACUAUUCUUCUUCAAUCUUCAUCAUCUCCUCCAGAUAUCAUUUAACUCAAGCUUCUCAACAAGGCAAUGUGAUCAAGUCCUAGGAAGCUUGUACCAGGUGCUAGGCAUGUUUCACCAGGAUAUUUUUUAUGGAUACUGCACCUUUUAUUGCUUCUGAUGAGGAUAUGGAGGAGCAAUAUAAUACGAACAAUGAAGAUUCUGAUACAGAUAAAGAUGAAGAAGAAGAUAAUACCAGUCUAAUUAAGAGGACUAGCUAUGACAUGGAUCUACCUGAUGCUAAUAACAUAGGAGGAACAGUUAUUUCUCAAGUUCAUCGGAAGAAAAAAGUGUACAAAACUAAAACUCCUAGAGGUCCUACGCGGAAUCUUUAUAUGGCUAGAAUGAGACCGGGUGAGAGGAAAAGGGUAGAUUUUAACAUAAAGGGCCAACCUGUCGGUGUGAAUAGAGCUAGCUUGGCAAACUAUUGUGGUGCCCUUGUCCGAGAUCCUCUAAAUGCACCCCUUUAUAAUGUGAAAGACUUUUCAGAAAUCCCCAAAACGAAUAAAGACAGAAUGUGGCAGCUUAUUCUGGAAAAAUUUGAUAUUGGUCUUGAUGAUGUUGAAGAUGAAGAGCAUCGUGAAAAGUUAGAAAAAGAGCGACACAAAACUCUGAUGCGAUCAUUGAAUAAGAAAUACAGAAAUUAUAGAGCAAGGUUGAAAAGUACUUAUUAUGACACAGAAGAAACAGAUGCUGAACGAUUAAAAAAAGAGAAUAAGCCACCUCGUGUUGAGGAAAAAGACUGGAAGUGGCUUGUCCAGUACUUUGGGUCUCCUGACUUUCAGAAAAUGAGUAAACGAAAUCGUGAUAACCGUUCAUACUUAGAUGCUGGACACACUGCUGGUUCAAAGAGUUUUGCUCAAGUGGUAGAAGAGAUGUUUGAAACUGACCAUGUAAUGCCGGGCAUGCUGCAAGUGUACAAGAAGACUCAUACUAGACGUGAUGAAACCCCGGUGACUAAUGUUGCAAAGGAAACUAUGUCACAAAUGGAGAAACUUGUAGAGCAACGUGAGAUAGGAGAAAUUAAUAUGACUGAUGAAGAAAUUUAUAAAACAGUCAAACGUAAAGGUAAAUCUGGGCGUGAUCGUGGCAUGGGAGUAAGUCCUUCUAUUACAUCACUGUUGGGAUCUAUUAGCGAAGGGGAGAAGUUGCGUAAAGAAGCCGAAGAGGCCAAGAAGCAGGCGAGUGAGGCUAAGAAAGAAGCAAAUGAAGCUAAUGAGAAAAAUAAAAUGCUGACUAAGGAGGUGAACAAUUUUAAAAAUGAAGUCCGAGUUAUGAAAGGUGUUAUGGAAAAAUUCUUCAACCUUAUGGGCAGUGAUUUUUCUAAGUUGAUUGCGAAAGAGGUUGGCAAGAAGCAUACUAAAGAGAGAAGCGAUGAUGGUUAUGAUGAUGAUGAGCAUGAUGGUUAUGAUGAUGAUGAGCAUGAUGAUGAUGACGAUGAUGAUGAGCAUGAUGGUUAUGAUGAUGAUGAUGAUGAUAAUGAUGAUGAUGAUGAUGAUGAUGAUGAGGAGGAACAUGAUGAUUAUGAAUGAUCUCUCUAGGUUAAUGUGUUGUCAUUAAACUUUUAGAUCUAUGUUGUUUCAUCUUCAUUUUGUAUUAGAUCCAGUUAGUUUUGCUUCACACGGAUUUGAGAUAGAUUAGAUUGAACAAAUAGUUUAUGUAGUUAAGACAUUCGGUUAUUAAAUGAAUAUUCAUAUUGAUAUUCUGUGUUACAUUGUCAUGGAAGCAUUUGUUUAUUU